AUGUCGUCUUUGAAGAUCGCCAUAAUUGGGGCCGGCCCCGCCGGCUGUCUACUCGCACGCAUCCUUCACCUUCACGACAUCAGCGUGACUGUCUUCGAGGCAGAGCCGUCGCUUGACGCUCGCACUCAAGGCGGGACUCUCGACCUGCAUCCCAAAACUGGCAUCGCAGCUUUGAAGGCAGCAAACCUGUACGACGAGUUCGUCAAGCAUGCGCGAUUCGACGGCUCAACACUCACUGUCUCCGACAAAAAAGCUCAACCUUAUUUCCAGCUCCCUCGUAUGUUCGCGUCUAACCCCGAGAUCGAUCGCCUCGAACUUCGACAGCUGCUUCUGCGGUCCCUUCCCGACGGACUGGUACGAUGGAACCACCGUCUUGAACGGGUAGAUGAGCACGAGCACCUACAAUUCGCCCACGGCAUCGAAGAAGGAUACGAUCUGAUCGUUGGCGCUGACGGGGCUUGGAGUCGGGUCCGCGCGGCGAUAACGUCCACAGAACCGGAAUACUCGGGCUUAUCAGGCUUCAAUUUAUCUAUCCCCAAUGCCAAAGAAAACGCCCCUGAGGCAUACGAGCUGGUGAAUCGCGGAUCAUUAUUUGCCUAUUCCGACGGCAAGUCCAUUAUGGGACAGCAAAUGGGCGAUGGAAGUAUCCAGGUGGCAAUGUACUCACGGCAAGAUGAAUCUUGGGCGAAAGGGAUGCGGGCCAAGGAGCCAUCCAGGGAGGAAAUCUGCCGAGAAUACGAAGACUGGGCGCCGGAGCUGUUGGACAUGGUCCGAAAGACAGUGGGCGAUAUGCGGAUCAUGGCAUUGUAUAUGCUUCCCGUGGGAACGGAGUGGGAGUCUCGACGGGGCGUCACUCUUGUCGGUGACGCGGCGCAUCUCAUGACACCAUUUGCCGGCGAAGGGGUCAAUAUCGCGCUAGAAGAUGCAAUGAAACUGGCCGAAGCGAUAAUAAGCACGAGAGACCGGGAUUUGUACGCUCAGCUUGACAGCGUGGUGCGAUAUGAGAAGGAAUUGAUGGAUCGAGGGGGCAAGGCGCAGGCGCUGACACAGAAGCUCAUGGGAUUGAUGUUCUUCACGGAGGGCGCACCGCGAGAAACUAUUCAGGAUUGGAUUAUUGCGCGGGCUUCCUAUGACUGUGAUGCUAGGGUAAGGCCGCUGCUAUACCCAUUUCUAGUUGCGGGAGUAUAUGGGAUUUAUUGUGUUUUCAAAUUGGUUGUCUGA